AUGUCCGUAUUAACAAUAUCUUCUGAUCAAAAUCAAGUAUCACAAUCUCCAAGUAUAAGAGGAUGGUCAAAACUUCAAAAAGCAUUACCAAAAAUAAUUGAAUAUGGUUUAAAUGAAGGGAUACUCCUCCCUAGGGAAACAAGUCAGGCAUUCAAUAUUACUGGUAUUGUGUUAGCAGCACAAGAAGAACAAAUAAAUAAAGAAACAAAAAAAGAAGAUAAAGUUAAUCUUCCAACAAAUGAUAUAACUAUGAUGCAUGAAGCAAUACCAUUUCUUCCUGUUCCAGUAGCAUUAAUAUGUUUAUUAUUAAAUAUUGUUAUACCAGGUACAGGAACAAUAUUUUCAGGUUUUUUUGUUUUAUGUAUGGGUCAACCAAGAGUUAAUUUUAAAGAGGGAAGAAAACUUAUAUCACUUCUUAUAAAUAUUCUUGUUGGUAUUAGUCAAUUUUUUACAAUAACAUUUCUUUUUGUUGGAUGGUUUUGGUCAAUUGCAUGGGGUGGUUUAAUAAUCAUUCACUCAAUACAAUAUAGAGAAGCAUUACAACAAAGAAGGCAAGAAGCAGUAGCUACAGCUGCUAUUGAAGCAUUAACUAAAGAUUCAAUAUUACAUAGAAAAGAUGUUAAAGCAUUAGUAAAAAAUGCUAAAACUGGUAAAAUAAUUGAAAAAGUAUAA